UCAAAAGAUUCAAUGGCCUAUAAAAUGAAAAAACAAAAAAAAAUAGAAAAUACAAUAAAAUUCAAUACAAACAUCUAUCCUAAUCCAAUUACAAAAAAAAAAAAUAAUAAUAAAUAAAACUAAUCAUGAACAAAUUCAUCGUAACUUAUUUGAUCUAACAACAUUAGAAAAAUGAAACGAAAGGAGCAAUUUCGAGAAAACAAAAAAAAAUAAACUUUUCUCUUUUCCUCUAUGCAUCCUACAAUCAUCAACUCGGUAGAGCAAAAGCAAAUAAAAUGCAUACAAACUGCAUAUAAGUGAAAAGCGCUACAUACAUAUCGAUUGCGAAAUAUUAUUCCAUUAAUACAACAAUUACCCGCGUACAGCCUCUACUUACGGUAUACAUAAUUUAUACUAUAGAAGACGAAAACGAAGCAAAAUUUCGUUUACGAAUCAACCAAUGAGCUCGAGAUACGCGCCACCCUACACCAAUGGUAAGUGAGAUACGUAAUCAUCCCUCUAAAUUGUCCCCUAUCGUGGCAAAGUUUAACUUAUUAAAUACGCUGAACAAGAGCACCGAAUAAUAAAGAGGGGUUACAUCUUCGCCGUUUACUCCCUAUUUUGGAAAAUGGCGAAUUUCAUCUUUUUAUACGUCGGCAUUAAGUCGCAUUUAGCGCGUUAUUGGUGCAGCUUUUUUUGUUUUGCCUGUGUGAUCGCGAAUUUGGGAAUUUUUUCAUUUUUCAAGUGAACGGUGUUGAAAUGUUGAUUGUUUUCCAAGUAUCGAGGGGGUAAUUGUGCAAGGGGGAAGAUGCAAAAUCAGAAUAAAACGUCGUUUUUUAUUAAAGAUAUAUUAGGAGAAGAAUCCGAAGAUAGAUUUGAGAAUAGUCUUAGCGAUGAUAAAAGCGACGACGAGUUCGUUGACGAGGCUUCCUACGACGAAGGCAUCUCUUCGGUCGCCUCCACCAAUAACAUGGUUUACUUGAUGCAUUCGACUAAUCAGCACUUAUUAUCAUCAUCGAAGAAACAAGACGAUAUGAAUUCUAUGGUCACGUCAACCAGAGGCAGAAAACCUCGCAGGAGAAGAACAGCCUUCACUCAUGCUCAAUUGGCCUAUCUAGAAAGGAAAUUCCGAUGUCAAAAGUAUCUCUCGGUGGCUGAUCGCAGCGACGUAGCGGACGCGUUAAAUUUAUCCGAAACUCAAGUCAAAACGUGGUACCAAAAUCGAAGAACGAAAUGGAAACGGCAGAAUCAAAUGCGACUAGAACAGCUUAGACAGCAGACAUCGGUAGAAAACGAUCUUCUGCACAGAGUACCGUCGUCAUCGCAAUCCGAAAAUGUGUGCUGUUCGCCUUUUCAGAACACCUCGGCGUCGGCCGCAGCUUGUAAUUUUUUAACCACCGCCGCCGCUAUUUUUAGAAACGUCACAUACGUUCACAGCUGCCAAUUGUAA